AUGCACCUCCUCAACCUCACCCUCGCCUCCCCGACAAAUGUCACCCAGGCGGUCGUCGGCAACUUUUCCGGCGUCAAGAGCCAGGAGAUUCUCAUUGUCAGAGGAGGCACGAAGCUGGAGAUUGCAAAGUUCAAUGCUGCUACUGAGCAAUUGGAUACUGUCUGUUCAACAGAGGCUUUUGGUGCUAUCCGCAAUGUGGCUGGAUUUAGGCUUGCAGGAAUGACAAAAGACUACAUUGUGACCACUUCCGAUUCUGGUAGAUUGUCAAUCAUUGAAUUUGUCGUCACUCCGACUCCGCACUUUGAGAGCUUGUUCCAGGAAGUCUUCGGAAAGUCUGGAAGCAGGCGAGUUGUACCAGGGCAGUUCUUGGCUGUUGACCCGAAAGGUCGAAGUUGUCUCGUUGGCGCGUCAAAAUUGGUCUAUGUCCUGAACAGAAACGCGGAGGGCAAGCUUUUCCCUUCUUCACCCCUGGAAGCGCACAAGAACCAUACCAUUGUCACUCACAUCGUUGGCGUGGACCAGGGAUAUGACAACCCCCUGUACGCUGCUUUGGAGACCGACUACGGGGAGUCCGACCAAGACCCAACCGGCGAAGCUUUUGACAACACGCAAAAGUACUUGACGUUCUACGAACUCGAUCUUGGUUUGAAUCACGUAGUCAGGAAGUGGAGUGAGCCUACGGAUCGGAGAGCGAACCUUCUAGUUCAAGUACCUGGAGGGCAGAAUGCUAGCUCUGACAGAUUCGAUGGCCCCUCUGGUGUACUCGUGUGUACUGAGGACCACAUUAUCUGGAAACACAUGGAUGCCGAUGCUCAUCGGGUCCCCAUCCCAAGACGUCGAAACCCGCUCGUCCAAAGAGGCGAAAGGAGCAGGGGCCUGAUCAUCGUGGCGACUGUCAUGCACAAAGUUAAGGGCGCCUUCUUCUUCUUGCUGCAAUCAGAGGAUGGAGACUUGUAUAAGGUGUGGAUAGAGCACAAUGGUGAGGAUGUUGUAUCUCUCAAGAUCAAAUAUUUCGAUACCGUCCCAGUGGCCAACAGCCUUGUCAUCUUGAAGAGAGGGUAUCUAUAUGUUGCGAGUGAAUUUAGUGACCAGAACUUGUACCGAUUCGAGCAGCUUGCCGAAGAUGACGGAGAACAGGAAUGGUCAUCGACCGACUAUGCCGACAACGGCUACAGCGACGCACCCCUUCCUUUCGCCUUCUUUACUCCUCACGAACUCAAGAAUCUUGCGCUCGUCGAGAGCCUUCCGUCCCUGGAUCCUGUGACAGACGCUCAUGUCGUAAACCUACUUGGUGACAACUCGGACACACCCCAAAUCUACGCUGCUUGUGGGCGAGGUGCUAGAAGCACAUUCAGGACGUUGAAGCACGGUCUGGAUGUAUCCGUCAUGGUCAGCUCGCCUUUGCCAGGAAUGCCCACGAAUGUGUGGACCCUAAAAGUGACAGAUGAGGACGAUUACGAUUCCUACAUCGUUCUUUCUUUCCCCAACGGCACUUUGGUGUUGUCCAUCGGCGAAACAAUCGAGGAAGUGAGCGACACUGGGUUCCUCUCGACCGCUCCAACCCUUGCUGUGCAGCAAAUAGGCGACGCUGGUAUCUUGCAGGUCCAUCCCUUGGGUCUCCGCCACAUCCGUGGGGCUGAUCGAGUGGAUGAGUGGCCUGCUCCACCUGGUGUCAAGAUUCUUGCUGCUACCACCAACAAACGACAGGUGGUCAUCGCGCUGAGCACAGCUGAGUUGGUCUACUUUGAGCUGGAUUCUGAAGGAAGCCUCAGCGAGUACCAAGAGAGGAAAGCGCUGCCGGGCAAUGCCACGUGUGUCAGUAUUGCAGACGUACCGGAAGGAAGAAGGAGGACGCCGUUCUUGGCUGUUGGCUGUGACAACCAAACCGUUUCCAUCAUCUCAUUGGAGCCCGACAGUACUCUCGACACUUUGAGUUUACAAGCCCUGACUGCCGCUCCUGUUUCCAUCUGCCUAGCGGAGAUCUUCGAUACAAGUAUCGACCAAAAUCGCGCAACCAUGUUCCUCAACAUUGGUCUCGCUACUGGUGUUUUACUCCGUACAGUCGUUGACCCCGUCGACGGGUCUCUUUCCGAUACCCGACUCCGCUUCCUCGGUGCUGCUCCCCCCAGGCUCGUGCGGACGACCGUCCAUGGUCAACCCAGUGUUUUGGCUUUCUCCAACAGGACUUGGUUGUUGUACACCCACCAGGAUAUGCUCCAAACCCAGCCGCUUAUCUACGAUAAGCUGGAGUGUGCGUGGGCAUUGUCAGCUGCCAUGUGCCCUGAUGGUCUGAUUGGUAUAUCUGGUAAUACUUUGAGAAUCUUUACCAUCCCCAAGCUCGGUGAGCGACUGAAGCAGGACUCUAUCUCCCUCGAUUACACACCUCGAAAAUUCAUCAGCCACCCAUAUAACCCGGUCUUCUACAUGAUCGAAGCAGACCAUCGUGUCUAUGGCCCGCCAGCUAUUGAGCGUAUCCUUCAGGAGAAAGUGAAAAACCCAACUCAGACGGCCUUGGAACUUCUCGAGCUCCCCCCUCAAGAAUUUGGUCGUAUAAGAGCAUCUGCUGGUCGCUGGGCGUCAUGUGUGCGAGUCCUUGAUCCUGUUGUAAACGAGAGUCUGCAAGUCCUGCAGCUAGACGAAGACGAAGCAGCGUUCUCUAUCACGAUCGCGUACUUCGAGCGAGGUGGUGGCUUGCCAUACCUCGUUGUCGGCACUGGCGUCAAGACCACUUUGCAACCUAAGGGAUGUGCAAACGGCUGGCUGAGAGUCUACGAGAUUCGAGACGAGGGCAGAUAUUUAAACUUUUUGCAUAAAACCAAGACCGACGAUGUGCCUCUUGCUAUGGCAGGAUUCCAGGGCUUCUUGUUGGUCGGUGUCGGAAAGUCCCUGAGACUUUACGAAAUGGGUAAAAAGGCUUUGCUCAGGAAAUGUGAGAACAACGGUUUCCCAACCGCCGUCGCCACAAUCAACGUUCAAAACGCCCGAAUCAUCGUGGGCGACAUGCAAGAAUCCACCUUCUAUUGCGUUUACCGAUCCCUCCCGACAAGACAACUUCUAAUCUUUGCCGAUGAUCCCCAACCUCGCUUCUUGACCUGUGUCACCAAUGUCGAUUAUGAGACUGUCGCCUGUGGUGACAAGUUUGGCAACAUUUUUAUCAAUCGACUGGAUCAAAGAAUAUCAGAAAAGGUGGAUGAUGACCCCACCGGUGCUACUAUAUUGCAUGAGAAAGGCUUCUUGAUGGGCGCUUCCCAGAAGCUAGAUCUCUUAGCGAUCUACAAUGUCGGCAGUGUCGUGACAUCUAUAUCGAAGGUUCCGCUUGUAGCGGGAGGUCGAGAGGUUCUGGUGUAUACCACCAUUUCAGGGGCGGUCGGCGUCCUGAUACCCUUCAUCUCAAUGGACGACGUAGAAUUCAUGACCACACUCGAGAUGCACAUGAGAACACAAAACACAUCCCUUGUUGGUCGGGAUCAUCUGGCAUACAGAGGCUACUACGCCCCUGUCAAGAGUGUCAUUGAUGGAGACCUCUGCGAGAGCUUUAGCCUCUUGCCGUACUCGAAACAACAAGCGAUUGCGGCGGACCUGGAUAGGAAUGUGGGAGACGUGUUGAAGAAGUUGGAGCAGAUGAGAACGAGCAGUGCCUUCUAG